GUGUGGGGCAUAACUCGUCUGCGGGGCCGCAUGAAGCAGGCUUAGGACUGUAGCUAGUUGUUCCGACAGUGAAUCUCACCGUCCUGGAGCCGACACGUAAAAAAUGCAGGUCCUACGCGGAAUAAGCUUUUUACUUCUUGUUCAGAUUGUUGUCGUUACUGGGCAGGAGUGCUCCGAGGAGGGAGUGGUGAGGUUGGCAGAUGGCGUGAAUGUGGACGGAGUCGGAGUUUACGGCAGAGUGGAGAUCUGCAUCAACCAACAGUGGGGCACGGUGUGUGACGACGGCUGGGACGUGGCAGAAGCCCGCGUCGCCUGCUCACAACUGGGUGAUUUCGACUUCGCUAAUCCUUUUACCGAAUAUGGCGGUGGAUCUGGUCGAAUUCACAGUUUUUCUUGUGCUGGGAAUGAAAAUGGUCUUCUGAACUGUUCGAGCGAUCUAGAUGUUGAUUACUGCUACCACUUUAAAGAUGUUGGAGUUAGAUGCUAUUAUGCGCAGUGUAAUGAGACUGACGUUAGACUGGUUGAUGGCAGGACUCCAAAUUAUGGACGGGUGGAGAUAUGCUUUGUAGGGGGUUGGGGAUCUGUGUGUAAUGAUGGUUGGGAUGAAAGAGAUGCAGAAGUGGUGUGUAGACAAUUAGGAUGUGAUGGAAGGCCUAUUGCACUGAUAAACUAUCCAGUAUUGUCUAAUUACCCACUGCAAUAUCACCUUGAUGAUGUUGAGUGCUCUGGAAGCGAAGAUAUGUUGAGUGAUUGUGCACAUGGCGGAAUUGGUGUUCACGAUUGUAUGGAAAUGGCAGAAGUAGCUGGAGUUAUAUGCAGUGAGUGCAACGAGACAGAUGUAAGACUGGUUGAUGGUGUGACUUCUGAUGACGGACGAGUUGAGAUAUGUUUCAGUGGGCUGUGGGGCUCAGUAUGUGACGACAGUUGGGACUAUAGAGAUGCUAGAGUUGUUUGUCAGCAACUAGGGUACAACGGAACGUCUGUUGCACUGUCAAGUCAUCGCGUGUUAACAGACGAGUCGCUGUUCUAUUAUCUUGAUGAUGUUGACUGCCGUGGGAACGAAAACUUACUAAGUCAAUGUGAACAUGGAGGAGUUGGUAUACAUAACUGUGGUGUGGGGCAUCAAGAAGCUGGAGUUAUAUGCAGCAACGCCGUUGAAUGCAACGAAACUGAUGUUAGGCUAGUUGCGGGUACAACCCCCUAUGAUGGACUGGUUGAGAUUUGUCUCUAUGGGCUGUGGGGCUCAGUGUGUGACACCAGAUGGGACUACAGGGACGCUGGAGUUGUGUGCCGACAGCUGGGAUAUGAUGGACCCUCAUAUCCUUUGCUAAGCCACGAUGGCAGUAGUGAACUACGGUAUCAUCUGGAUGAUGUCCACUGUGAGGGAACUGAGAGCAGUCUCAGUGACUGCAGUCACAGAGGUAUUGGGGUCCAUUACUGCUACCUGUACGAACCAGCUGGAGUCGUAUGUACCAAUGUAACGUGUAUUGAGGGAGCGGUCCACCUGGUUGGUGGUGAUGAUGUAUCUCGAGGGAGAGUGGCGUACUGCUAUAAUGGAACCUGGUACUCUGUUUGCGCCAGUGACUGGGAUACCACAGGAGAGGAGGCAAGAGUUGUCUGUGAAACCCUCGGCUACGAUACAUCUUACUAUGCUUCAGUUGUUGUCAACUAUGGUCGAGGAACAGAUCCAAUCCUCCCACUGAGUAUUGAAUGUGGCAGUGGUACCAGUGCAUUCAGUGACUGCUCUACAGCUGAGCUUGAUGUUAGUCAGUGUUCACAUGCUGCUGGAGUGGACUGCUUCGCAAUCUGUACUACAGUUGGUCUUACUGACUGCAGUCAAUGCAAUGGUGAAUCCUGCACUAGCCAUUAUGGCUGUCGCUGUGGCUCUGACUGCUUCUUUUAUGGCAAAUGCUGCCCCGACAUCUCCGUGACAAAGAAUUGCUUUGUGGAAGAGUGUGAGCACGGAGCAGUUCGUCUGGUGGGUGGACUAACAGACUCCACCGGGAGACUGGAGCUCUGUGCUCUUGGGGUGUGGGGCAAAGUCUGCAAUGCUUUUGGAUAUUGGGGUCCUGACACUGCCAGAGUGGUGUGCCGUCAACUUGGCUUCUCUGAAGAUGGUGCAUAUAUCCUGAAAGAUGACAUAGAGCGAUUUGGGACCAGUGAUAAAGAUGCAGUAAUAGGAAAAGUCCACUGCAUUGGAACAGAGUCAAGGCUAUUGGAAUGCUCCCACAGCAGCAUUGGGUUCCACUACUGUAGUCCCUACUAUUUUGAUUAUGACGAACUAGACAUUGUCAUCAGCUGCUAUGAUGAGGUGAGAGGCUGUGAGGAUGGAGAGGUGAGGCUGGAUGGUGGGUUUACCUCUUCCACUGGUCGCAUGGAGGUCUGCAUGGACAGGAGAUGGGGAGGAGUCUGCAGUGAUGGGUUCAAUGUGAAAGAUGCUAGAGUCGUGUGCAGUGAACUAGACUUCAACCCAGGAGAUGGUGCAAUAAUUGAGGGGCCUGUUACCCUUGAGGCUAGUCCAGUGUUUGUUGGGAGUGUGACAUGCACGGGCUCCGAGCAGAGUUUCAGUGAAUGCAGUCACGACAGGCCACCCAGUGGAGGGUGCUCAGUUGCAGCAAUUUCUUGUGGAAUGUCAAGCUCCAUGCAUACACAUGUUAGCGGCUCUUUGAUGACUCCAAUCCUUCCCUAGUUAUUGAGAAUGUUUGGUGUACAAGUCAGAAACUGCCGUAUGUGAAGGUGUAGUGAGACUUGGCAUCGAUCAUGUGUAUGCCAGAUCAAGACUGGGAGACCAGAACACCAUCGCACAACUUUCUAAUUGAGAAUCUAGAGACAGUAGUGACUGUGAUUGCUGAUCAUGAUGAUGUCUGUGUGAAUCAGGUUUAAGAGUUCUUUGCAAUUUCUACCUACCACCCUGUGGUAAUGCCACCACCCUGCCCCUCCUUCCCCAUCUGCCAGUAAGAUAUAAUAUACGUUCUCGUUAGUAAUGUAUCAAAACACUGUCUAGGAGUACUUCUGGUUUAGUAAUGCAAACACAGCUUUGUGACUGGAAGACCAGUUUAGCUACACCC